AUGGUGGCUUCCCUGGGUCCUGGAGAAGAGCAGGCAGACUCUGAGCGGCCCCUGCGGGCCCCAAAAGCAGCCAGUUGGCCGGACCUGGCUGCCCAGACCCCUGCCAGGACCCCAAAGGCCCCUCCACAAGCCAGUGUUGCCCCCCCCACCAGUCCCUCCCUCGUGCCCCAGAGGCGCCUGUACCCCCGCAGCCUCAUCCAGAUGUUCCAGCGAGCCCUCCUCCGCCGCAGCCUUACCCGGUUGUCCCAGCAGAGCCCCCUCCCCUCUCCCCAACGCCCCCCACCCCAGGAGUAUUAUCAGGUUGCCCCAGCCUCACCCCGGAGCACUGGAGAGCGGACUGUCAGGAGCUGCUCCCGGCCUCGGUCACACCGGGACUGCGAUCUGCAAACACUCCGGUUCCCACGGCAGCCAGGAAUGCGUCUCCAGGCCGACCGGACUAGGUUCCAAAGGGGGGAGGGGGCGCCACCAUGCCUCCCUGCCCCGCCCGGGCUCAGGUCCGAGCGCCCAGGCGAAGCCUCAGGGCCAGCCUCUGGCGCUGCCAGUGAGAACAGAAUCAAGCCCAUGGACACUGGUCAAGCCAAGAGGAAAGUGAUGAGCUCCCCGUCCCCGGAGAGCUUCCAACGGAGGCUAGAAGGCUUCUGGUCCAGUAAGCCUUAUAACCAUCCCCUUCGGGGCUGGAAGGAAAGGGUCCACAGGCGUUUGCCGCUCCCCAGAGCCUCAGUCUCCCUAUCUGUCACCUGCCGGGAUCGACUGCUCAGACUUGAGCCAGCAUACGGCUCUUCUCCAACGGCCAAUCAGAAGCAGGCUAAGGGGGCGGGGCCAUGGGUGAGGAGGCGGGGCCUGGGAGGGGUUGAGGUCGAGGAGGUGGGGCGCACGGGGUCCAACGGCUCGGCGAAGACGGGGCCGGAGGUUCUGAGGCUACGCAACCCCGCCAGGCUCGACCUGGGCCCCCCCUCCGUCCCUGGGACUGAGGGAGGCAAGAGCACGCACCCGGGGAAGGCGAUCCUGGCCGGUGGCAUUGCUGGAGGCAUCGAAAUCUGCAUCGCCUUCCCCACAGAGUACAUCAAAACACAGCUGCAGCUAGAUAAGAAGGCCAAGCAGGCCCGGUACAGCAGCAUCACUCACUGUGUGAAGUUGACCAUUCCGGAGCACGGCUUCCUGGGCUUCUCCUGGGGCCUCAGCUCCCUGUUCUACGGCUCUAUCCCCAAGUCAGCAGUAGGGUUUGGCAUGUUUGAAUUCCUGAGAAAUCAACUCAGAGAUGCCAAUGGCAGGCUGAGCAACGCCAAGAGCCUUCUUUGUGGCCUUGGAGCUGGUGCCAAGGAGGCCAUUGUGAUUGUCUGCCCUCUGGAAACCAUAAAGGUGAAAUUUAUUCAUGAUCAGACAUCUGGAAAUAUCAAAUACCAAGGAUUCAUACACGGAAUUCGUGAGAUUGUGCGGGGAGAAGGGGACAAUCCAAAGACAACUAUAAACCCUUUUGUCACCGCUGUCUUCGGCAUUGUCGCAGGAGCUGCCAGCGUCUUUGGCAACACCCCGGUGGACGUGGUGAAAACGAGGAUGCAGAGCCUGGAAGCUCACAAGUAUAAAAACACGCUUGACUGUGUCAGCCAGAUCUAUAAGAAUGAAGGCAUCAUGGCGUUUUAUAAAGGAACCAUUCCACGUCUUGGCAGAGUUUGCCUGGAUGUGGCUGUUGUCUUUGUCCUGUAUGAAGAAAUCGUCAAAUUUCUCAACCUGAUUUGGGUGGCCAAAUGAGGACACCACCCAGUGGAUGGCUUCUGUGAAAAUGCCCCGGAAAUCCCUGAGGGCCAGUGGCCAUGGUGGUGGAUGUCCCCAUCCACCUGCACUGGAGCCUCCUUUGAUGGGCAUCCUGCACAAGGCCCCUGACCCGACCAGAAAGAAGCCUUCUUCCCCCAGCUUUCCAGCCCUUCACUCCUGGGGUCUUUUCCUUUAAAGCCCUGCUGGACUGUGUCAGACUGGGCAUGUCAGGGAUGGGGGAGGGAGAAAAUGUUUAGAACUCAAAAGCUUAAAAAGUGAAUGUUGAAAACCACUUUUACGUGUAAUUGGAAAAAAUAAAGCUUGGCUUGUAUUUGUGUCA